GAAAAUGGAUAGAUAUACAGAAAGGAUAGGGGUGAGAGUGUGAGAUAGAGAGGGGUCUCUCAAAAAUGGCCUCUGCAACUUCAACUCUUCCAGCAAUAUGCACUUGUUUUGUAACCCAAUGCACCAUUUCCAAUAUUAACCCCAAAACUCAAUCUUCCAAUCUCUCUUUCUUCUCUCGCUUUCCUUCUCACUCUUACAACAACAACAACCUCUCUUUCUCACCCCGCUUACCUCUCCUUCCACUCCCUAAGUCCUCUGAAUUUGCAGUGGCCGAAGCUGAAGCUGAAGCUGAACCAUCGCCUGAACCCGAUGCACCUAAGAUUGAACCGACCCAAAUUGUUCAAGCCUCACCGGUUCAGGCUCCGUCAUGGGAGCCGGGACUCUUCGCUGUGGUAAUGAUUGGCUCACACCAGUAUAUUGUUCACCCGGGGCGCUGGAUUAAUAUUCAGAAGCUGAAAGGUGCUAAGGUUAACGAUAAGAUUGCUCUACAUAAGGUUUUGCUGGUUGGUACUGAUACAACUACUUACAUUGGUAAACCAGUAGUAACAAAUGCUGUGGUAUAUGCAACGGUGGAAGAACAUGGUUUUGACCCCAAAAUAAUUGUCUUCAAAUAUAAAAGAAAGAGUCACUACCGCAGAACUCUUGGGCACAAACAGCCACAUACUCGCAUACGGAUAAAUAGCAUUAUGGGCUACGAGAACUACCCAAAAGUUACUAUGGACGAUAUCAAACAAUGAACAUCUCGUGCACUGUGCCAAUGGUGUAUCUUCUUUCAUCUUUAAUUAUAAACAAUCAUUUUGCCAUGAUUAGUUUUGCUUUAAUUAGAAAUGGAAUCGUUUAAAUUUGUAUCGAGUUAAUGUAUGACAUAUUGUAAUCUCCUGU